UUAUAUUGCAUAAAGUACUGAAGCAACAAGUAGUUAAGCGAAAAAUUAUCAGAAAAAUAGCAAAAAUUCGUUCAAAGACUGUCCGUUCUCGGGAACGGAUUAAUUUUUAGCUCAUUCGAGGCACAUAAAAAGACUUUAAAGACACAAAAAAGAUUAGUCAUAUGGUGAUAUAAUGUUUUAUUUGGUACACAUAUUAUUAGUUUUUGCCCUCCUACAACGGAGUGCGGAAGGCGCACGCGGUUCAGAUUUGAUUCACAAAAAGACAACGUCAACCACGACGACGACAGAAGAACCUUUGCCGUUGGAGGAUGGAGAGGAUGGCGUCGAAGGUGAACUUGAGGAAAACAAGAAAAACCCGAAUUUAACGGGAAUUCCUCAAAUCGACUACAUUUACGAUCCAAAUUUGCCCCGAGAGCUUCGUGGAUACAAUUUGUCGGGAUAUCCCUUUUUGGAGUUCGUGCCCGACGAAGAAGACAUUGGCUUCACGUGCGAUGGCUUGCACGAUGGAUUCUACGCCUCUGUGAAAUGGAAUUGUCAAUUAUAUCAUCAUUGUGUGUACGGAAUACGAAAUGACUUCUUAUGUGCCAAUUUUACAUCGUUCGAUCAGAAAACGUUCAUUUGUCAUUUUGCGUCGGAAGUGGAUUGUAAGAAUUCGCCGCGGUACUUUUACAGAAAUGACGUUUUGUAUUGGAAAAACAGAACAACAGAAGCUCCGAGACCAACGACAACUACAACGACGACGACAACUACAACUACAGAAGCGCCGAGACAAAAAUUCAACGAGCGCCCUUACGGAGGUCGACCUUAUCGCAGAAGACCUCCAAUUGAUGAUUACUAUUACGAUGAUUAUUACGACGAAAUUGAGCCUCCAAAGCGUUAUCGCCCAGGGCGUCGUCCCGUUGUAAGAGACGAUUUUGCUGAUUAUGACAAUCCAAGGAGAUAUCGUUUGCGAAAAGUUCACGGAAGUCGCAGAAAUGUCUAUCACGUUGAUCGAAGACCUGCUGCGGAAUACGAUGACAUCGACGAAGAGCCAAUUUACGAGCCAAAACAGGAUAAUUUCAAGCCACGUCGUGUUCAAAGCUCUCUCGAACGCCCCAACGAUCAAAAAGUUCAAACCACAGAUCGUCCUCAGCAACCAGAACGUCGCCUUCCCGCAUCACAAUCGAAAUUUUACAACAAAUAUACGCCAAAAUUGAAUAAACAAUCGCCGUAUAAAGGAGCAACAGCAACAACUUCAGCUCCCUUGCCGACGGAACAAACGAAAAUUGUCGAAAAAGCACCUGUUUUGAAGAAUGCGGGGCGUGAAAGUCCCAUUAUCGCGGAUGUUGAUGAAUAUGGCGAAUAUGUGUAUGACGACGGGGAGGAAUAUGCUGCUCCAGCUGAAUAUGCACGCGAAACACGACCAAAGCAGUAUAACACAAAGCCCGUACAAAUCACCGACAAGCCUCUUUCGCAUCGCGAGAAGGUUUUACGAAGGAAUAGUCAUCGACAGAAUUAGAUUAAUUGUCGCAACUUUUGACUUUUUGUAUGUUUAGAGACACUUUUUUGCAAUACUUUUUCCCCUGAAUACUCAUGAAUUACAGAAAUUUUUUGAUAUUUA